AUGGACGAGUUGGACGGUAUGAUCGGUCCAACUCGCCCAUUUCGCGAGUUGGACCGCCAAAUGGGAGAGUUGGACAUUGUGGUCGGUCCAACUCGCCCAUUUGACGAGUUGGACGGUAUGAUCGGUCAUGUCCAACUCGCCAAAUGGAAACGCCCGUAUGGUCCAGCUCCUGAAGCGUUUGCAGACCUUACAGUGGCUGAUCUGCGUGUUAACCAGCAUGAAGAUUGGGAUACAGAGAAAAUACGACGGAUUUUGCCUCAGUACGAAGAGGAUAUCCUAGCCAUCAAACCAAGCAAUGAAAAUGCUCUAGAUAGACAGGUCUGGCGUGACGCCCCCUUGGCUUUGGGUUUUGACCCUAGAGGAAUUGUAGAUUUGGAAUCAAGAUGGACUGCUCUUUGCGCAACCCCGUGUUUGCCCCCUACAGGGCUUGCAACAAGCCAGCUUUUCCCGUGGAUCCUAUGGACAUUGUGGAAAGAACGUAAUAGGUUCGUUUUCAAUGGCUACUCUGCUUCACCGGAGGACACUCUAGCUACUGCUAUAAGAUCGGCUAAGGAAUGGGAACAAGGUCAUAUGAUAGAGAAGAGUACUCCCCCUAGGUCUCUUCCAGUGACGAAGGAAACACACACUGCAGCUACCAUCGUUCGCUCGGACGCAGCCUGGAGGAAGGAAGAUAAGAAAGCAGGGCUCGGCUGGACAGUGAAGACCUCAAGAUUUGAGAUUCGUAUGAAGAAAACUCAGUGGCAUGUCUCCUCGCCGCUCAUUGCAGAGGGGCUUGCUAUUCGGGAAGCUAUGUUGUUUUGUAGAGAACACGGCUUGGAUAACAUCCUCCUAGAGUGUGACUCAUCCCAGCUGAUAAGAGCUAUAAACCAUGAGGAAAACAUAUCUGAGCUGCAUGGGAUUCUCUCAGACAUCCUCCAACUGAGCCGCCCUCCUGAUGUUUCGAUUUUAUUUGCUUGGAUUCCUAGAAACCAAAAUCUUGUUGCUGAUUCCUUAUCAAAGGAAGCUUUAUGUAUGGCUGAGGUUUUUAUUGCCCCCACCUAA